GAAUUAGGCUGGGCUCCAAAAUGGUCUGUGCGUGACGGGUUGGAGAAAACAAUCGCGUACUUCAAGAAGGAGAUCGCCACUACCGAUGCGGGUAAAGAGUUAUAG